AUGGAUUUUAUAAAAGAACAAUAUAAUUCAUUAGUACUAGAUCUUAGAAAGACAUUUAGAAAUAAAAGAGAUGGAAUAUCUCAUAUUUUAAAUGUAAUAUGUUUAUUACUUAACGCAUUGAUGAUAUGGAAACUUUUAGUAGUAUUCACAGGAUGUGAAUCACCUGUUGUUGUUGUAUUAAGUGGAAGUAUGGAGCCAGGGUAUUAUCGAGGUGACACGUUGGCAUUGUAUCAUCCUCCAAAAAUACAUGCGGGUGAUGUAGUUGUAUAUCAAAUAAAUGGAAGAGAUAUUCCAAUUGUUCACAGGAUAUUAAGUUUACACACAUCAAAAGAUAAUAAAUUUCACUUAUUAUCAAAGGGUGAUAAUAAUAAUAUUGAUGAUAGAGGUUUAUAUGAUCCACACCAAUACUGGCUAGAAAAUGAGCAUGUCUUAGGUCUUUCUGUUGGUUACACACCAUAUAUUGGUAUAUUAACUAUAUGGAUAAAUGAAUAUCCAGUAGUUAAAUGGGCGAUUGUUUCAAUAAUGUUAAUAAUGAUAUUACUGGGAUAUGAAUGA